GGAUGUUUUGAUACGGCAUAUCGGCAGCGCAAUACAUACCCAAGGGCAAAGAGGGCGACAAACUUCCCACCUCGUAACCCACCACCACCUUGCUUUUAACACACCUCGCCAUGGGACGCAGAAAGAUUGAGAUACAGCCGAUUACUCAUGAACGAAACCGCUCGGUGACUUUUCUAAAGAGGAAGAAUGGACUGUUCAAAAAAGCGUACGAGCUCGGUGUGCUGUGUAGUGUGGACGUUGCUGUGAUCAUCUUUGAGGAACGCCCGGGCCAUCAUCUGAAGCUGUAUGAAUACUGCUCUGGCGACACUAGGGAUAUCGUGCAGCGGCAUUUGCGCUACGAGGGCGAGAAGGAUACGCGUGGUCCAGGAGACUUUUCUGGCGCCGCAAAGAUCAUCGAUGAAGAGGAGGAAGAGGAAGAGGAGGAAGUCGUGUCCUCUGUGCCGUCAAAACGUAGGGGCAGUGGUCGACUCAGACCCGUUGGGGCUGACCUUGGCGAGGUGAGUCAGCACCACCAUAUCCACUCUUCUUUCCGGCGGUCGCUUCGUCGUCGUUGUGCACGACGAUGACGAAGGCUAUCUGUGCGUUGUUGUCCGUCGUGCCCGCCGUCGUCAUGGCGUCGCGAUCCUGGCUUCCGUUGACCGCGCAGCUUCUCUAAUCCCUUCUGGUCUCCCUUUCU